GUAACGGUUUUUGUUUGCACUAAAGGUAUUACGCAGGAAUUCUUUGCUAUCAGGCAGACCGUGUAAAGACGGCUCACCGAGUCACUUUUGCUCGAACCGCUUCAAAAAUGAUUCGUUUAAACGAUUCUUCGAAAAUAUCCGAAACAAAAGACCGAACCGACGCCGAUGCUUUGGGCCUCCAGCUUCCCAGAACCGAUAGCUCCUUUCUCUGCUCUUAAACUUUUGAUGUUUUUCUGAACUCUAGCGACUGCACACUGUACUGUUAGCCGAAGGGAAGGCUGAAGUUUGCAGCAUGUCUCUGACGGUGUCUCAAGGGGAAGGCUUGACGGUCAUCGCCAUCGCCUCGGACCCGAAGAGCAAAUGGCCCGUUUUGUGUCAGGUUUUGAGUUUCCUCUGCUGCAGUCCGGUGUAUUCUGUGUCUCAGGGCCUGAGAAAGAAGCUGAGGAACACAAACACAGCUCUUGGGGUUAUGCAGAUAAUAUUCGGAGUCGUCAAUCUUGUGUUUGGGAUUUUGGUUAAAAGCUCUGGGAUCUGGAACAACAUGACUGAAUCCGGGCUUGUGUUCUGGAUCGGUGGAGUGGUCCUUAUAAUCGGAAUCGUGACUGUUCUUGCAGCCAAGUUUCCCAGUCCUGUCCUACUGGUCAUCGCAGCGAUUCUGAAUGUCGUCAGUGCUGGACUGGCUAUCACAGCUAUAGUGAUGUGUUCGGCGGACCUGGCCACCGGAAAUCAUCUAUAUUGUGACACCGGCUAUAACUCGUUUUACAACUCUGAUGUAACGUCUUCCCCUGAACAGAAGAGACGGACUGAGAUCUGUUUGGAGUACAAAUACCGCAGUCAGAUGAUCCUCGGAGGACUAGAUAUCAUGAUGAUAGUGCUGUCGGUCCUUCAGAUCUGCGUGAGCAUCAGUUUCUGCGUUUUGACCGGGAAAGCUUUGUGCAAGAAGGAGGAAGAUGAAAAGUCGGUGGAGGAUCCAGAACUUGACAAGCCGCUGCUGGAAGACGCCGCCGCUGGUGCCGCAUGUUAAAGAUGCAAAAUAUGCCACAAUGAUUUUUCAUCAUCAUCACGUUUUCUGUAAACGUUUGUUACUGCUAGUAAACAAAGCACUUCAGCACCUUCCCUACAUUUUAUAUAUAAUAUAGCACUUCCUGACUGUGGUCUGAAAUGUAAAAGUUGAAAUGAUUUAUCUUCUUACCAGGUUUUUACCCCCAAUCUGACAUUUAAAGCAACAGUACACCCAGAAAUGAUUUAAGCAUUUAGUCACCCUCAGGCUAUCCAAGACUUUUUUCUUAGCGCUUGCUCCCCAGUGGAUCCUCUGGAGUGAAUGGGUGCCGUCCAAACAGCUGAUAAAAACAUCACAGUAAUCCACACCAUUCCAGUCCAGUCUCGAUAAGUGAACAGCUGCACGUGUGUAAUAAUCAAAUCCAUCGAGACACAUUAACUUUAAACCGUAGCUUCCGGCCAAAAUACAAGUAAAUUUUCACCAUGAAGAAUACCUGUGUACAUCUUCAGCGGCCAUUGGGUGAUUAAACUUUAAGCACAUUUUCAUUUUUGAGUGAACACAGUUCUACAAUUUAAGACUUAACCUUUAUGUUAUUGACCCUGAAUGUAGUAAAAGUAAUUUCUUAUUUUUAAGCAUACCCAAAGUCUUUUGAUUUAUUCUGUGUCUAUUUGCACUGUUCCUCCACCAGAUGGCGUUAAGAUGCUUGAUUUUAUGCAAACCGUUUGUUUUUGAAAGUUACAUACAGAAUGUUGUGUUAUCAAAAGGAGGAAGAAUUACCACAAUUACCACUAAAAACUCUAAACAUUUAAAUGAAAACGCAAUUUCAGAACAUAUAAGAUAAUUAUCUACAUAUGCAAUCUUUCUUUCUCUUUGUCUAGAUAUCUGUGGAGUUGCCAGGUGUAUAUGUAAGCAACGUUUGAUGGCUAGGGUUACAUUUACCUAAGUUUGCUGUCACUUCUGACACUGAUAAGAUUACAGCACCUUAUAUAGCAUCGCGAAUAGCGUCACAUGACCUUAUAAAGCAUCAUGAAAUAAACU